AUGGCGGCCUAUGCCGCCUUGGUUUCUCUAAUAAAUAUCAUAUACGACAUCGAGCAACAUCGUUCCCCACCCGUCUCUUUCAACAAACACCAAAUACAAUCCCUUGUAGAAUAUGUCAUCUUCCUACAAGAAUUUCUCCAAGCCUACAAGUCCCCUGUUUCUGACUGUGAUGAAGCAGAUCCCUUGGAGAUGCGUAUUGCGGAUGCAGCUUAUGCGGCUGAAGAUGUUAUCGAAUCUCAUAUCGUCCACAACAUUCAGCUCAGUAGAUCCAGAAGCUUAUUCAAUUCAGAUGUUGAUGAUGAACAGACUAGGUUGUAUCAAGGUGUACAAACUGUGAUAGAAGAAAUGGAUCGGAUCAAGAGAGUGGCGAUCGAGACCAACACGGAGAAGGUGGUGGUGUUUAGUGAUCAACGGCAUGGAUUCAUCUCUUCUUCCGCUGGAAAGAAGAGUAGUAGCAUGAUGGUGUUCUCUGAUCAAGUCUUGCAUAAGAUCAUGGAAAAGCUCGUUGCACACGAACCUGCUCGCCAAGUUAUCCCGAUUACAGGAAUGGGCGGGAUAGGUAAGACCGCUCUUGCUCAAACUGUUUAUUCGAAGCAAGUUAUUAAGGAGCGUUUUGAUAUUUGUGCUUGGGCAACUAUUUCUGAACAAUACAACACAAGAGAAAUUCUAUGCGAACUCGUUUCUCAAGCCACUAACAGUAAAAAGGAACAGCUAAGUGAGAGGAGUGCAGAAGAAUUAGGAUUAGAGCUCUACCAGUAUUUGUCGGGUAGAAGAUUUCUAAUUGUAAUGGAUGAUAUGUGGAAUAUUGAGUCUUGGAAUGAGACACAACAUUUCUUUCCCAAUAAUGAGAGUUGUAGUCGCAUAAUGGUGACGACUAGGCUAUCACAAUUGAGUUCUCAAUUGAACACUCUUUUUAGCCAUCAAAUGGAAUUACUUGACGAGAUAAGUAGUUGGGUGCUCUUCUCCAAAACGGUGUUUGGAGAGGAGCGUUUUCCUCCGGAACUGGAGAAAAUUGGAAAGGAAAUUGCGAACAAUUGCAGAGGACUUCCUCUAUCAAUUGUUGUAGUGGGUGGUAUUUUGGCAAAUAAGGAACACACACAAGAAUGUUGGGAAUCAAUAAGGAACAACUUAACUUCAAUAGUAAAUUUAGAGAAUGAUAAGCUUUGCUUGAGAUUGUUGAAAAUGAGCUACACCCAUUUGCCAGUCUACUUAAAACCAUGUUUUUUAUACAUGGGCGUGUUUGAGGAUGAUGAUGCAAUUAGCGUCUCAAAUCUCGUCAAUCUAUGGGUUUGUGAAGGAUUUCUUAAUCCAUUAGAUGGCAAAAGUUUGGAAACAAUUGGGAAAGGGUUCUUAAAGGACUUAGUUGAUAGAAAUCUCAUUCUAGUUGACGAGUUGGGGUCUACUGGAAAUAUAAAAAAAGUCAAAGUUCAUGAUUUGCUAAGAGACGUAUGCGUGAAUCAGGGUAAGAAAGAAGGGUUCUAUCAUGUGAUCGGAGAAUCUAGUCCGCGAGGUAUAAAUAGCCAACGCCGCAUUGUUAUACGCAAAAACACUUCAAAGGAGAAAGUCAUUGAAGACUUGCAAUAUGUGUCGCAUGCUCGUUCUAUUAUUUGUGAGGAUUGGGAAGUUCCACGGGGCCAGAAUUUCGAGUUGCUGAGGACAAUACAUGCAUACAAAUUUCGUACUUUCGAAUACGAAAGCUACGUGAAUUCUCUUGUGUUUGGAUAUGUUAACUUGCGGAACUUGGCCGUUGAAGUUGCUAGCAUGUCCUCAAUUGUUUCUCCUUUCAAUCAUCUUUGGAACUUGCAAACAUUGAUCAUUUCUUGUCCGCAUGAGUCUACUGCGCCUACUGAGAUCUGGACAAUGCCUCAACUAAGGCAUAUCAAUAUCAAGAGAAAAUUGAUUCUCCCAGAUCCUCCAAGUGAUGCUGUCGUCAUGGAGAAUCUAGUGGUUCUUGAGGGGGCACUUAAUUUCAAGUGCGGUGAAGAGGUGGUUAAGAGAAUUCCCAAUAUUAAUAAACUGAUGAUAAAGUAUUCAGGAAUGGGUCGUGACGACGAUUAUUAUCUAGAUAAUAUUGAAUAUUUGUGUAAAUUAGAAUCCCUCUUUAUCUUUUGUGAGUAUGGUUUUAGAGGGAAUGCCUCUUUGUAUAAUCUCACCUUUCCCCAAACCCUCAAGAGUUUGAAACUUGAGUUGAAAGAUGACUUUGAAUUGGAAAUGAUGUUGGAAAAGAUAGGUUCGUUGCCAGUUCUUGAGAAGUUCAAGUUGGGUGGCGGAUGCUUUGGCACAGGCAAGUGGGAAAUCUUUGAAGGCCAAUUUCCUCGCCUCAAGUACUUGUCAUUGUAUUCGUGUCGUAGACUGGAGCAUUGGACUGCAGAAGCGAGCACCAUCUUUCCACGCCUUGAAAAGCUUUCUCUUGUUCUUUUAAUAGGGUUGGAGAAUAUCCCUUCAGAAAUUGGAUACAUACCGACAAUCCAAAAAAUACAAAUGGUUCUUUGCAGUGAAUUGGUGGUGAAAUGUGCAAAAGAGAUUGUAGAGGAACAAAUGACUCUACAAGGGGACGAUCUCCCCUUUCAUGUUCACGUUCGGCAUCCACUUGAUAAGAACGAAGCAUCAAAGAGCUUGGUAGGUCCCAACUUCGAAGUUGUAUAUAGAAGAUGA